UUAUUAUUUUACCGUACAAUACGUCAAAUAAAACAUUCAAUACUGCUCAAACUGUUUUCAAAUACAAAACGUUUUUAAUUCUUUGUUCUGCACUGGUACACAAAUUAUGGCCGAGCAUUUGACCGAGGCUCAGAUUGAGGAGUUCUACGUGGCAUUCGACUGGUUCGACACUGAUGGGUCUGGCACUGUGGAUCACGAGGAGCUGGGGUCAGUUUUGAGGUCACUGGGUCAGAAUCCGACUGCAGAAGAGGUGGCUGACAUGAUGGCUGAAGUGGAUGUUAACAAGACGGGAAUCAUUGAGUUCAACGAGUUCCUCACUCUGAUCACGUCCAAGAUAACAGAGGACACGGACAGCGAGGAGACUGUCCGACAGGCAUUCCAGCUAUUCGACCAGGACGACGACGGAUUCAUCACUGUCUCAGAACUAUAUCGCAUGAUGGCCAAUUUGGGCGAACACUUGAACAUGGAAGAUGUUAAGCAGAUGGUUCGCGAUGCCGACUUUGACGGAGACGGAAAGAUCAACUAUGACGACUUCGUCAAAAUGAUGAUGGGCUGGAUUGGAGGCUGACGAGAUAGAACCAACCAUUGACCAAAAACUAAGACACCAUGAAAACAAUUGUUAAUUAUAAAUUGAAAUUCAAUCUUUUCAUUUA